AGAAAGAUGAGAUGAAGAAGACCAUCACUCAGAUGGAGGAGGAGAAAGAUGAGAUGAAGAAGACCAUCACUCAGAUGGAGGAGGAGAAAGAUGAGAUGAAGAAGACCAUCACUCAGAUGGAGGAGGAGAAAGAUGAGAUGAAGAAGACCAUCACUCAGAUGGAGGAGGAGAAAGAUGAGAUGAAGAAGACUCUGAUUUACAUGGAGGAGUUACUGAAGGUCAUUGCAGCUGAAGCAGUGAAGAACAUCACGGGGCUGGAUAAGGAGAAUGAUCGUAUGAAGACAAUCAUCAUUGAGCUACAGGAGGAGAAAGAUGAGAUGAAGAUGACUCUGAGUCAGAAGGAGGAGAUAAUGAAGGUCACCAUGGCUGAAGCUGAGGAGAAACAUCAGAAGGAUGUGGAGACCAUCCAUCAGCUGGAGAAGGAGAAGUCUGACCUGACAGAAAAGGUGGAGACUCUGAGAGAGACAGUGGAGGAACUGGGGAACCAGCUCACUGAGACACAUGUGCAGUGUGAUGAGCUCACGGAUGACGCUCUGGCUGAAGCUGAGGAGAAACACCAGACAGAUGAGACCAUCGCUGAGCUGGAGAAGGCAUUUCGUCUCCUGAAACUGUGACUGCUAUUGUGAGCUCUUGGCUUGUCUGUUGUAAUAAAUCUACGUGAUUUGGAAUAGCACACAGACCCCAGUGACGCUCCCACUGUAAAUAAGAAAGAAGAAAA